GGUUGGAAUGGAGGUUUAGGCCCAAAGAUGAGGCGGCUGUAUCACGUGCGGGUAUGCAGAAUCUCCUGAAGCCGUAGAACACAAGAAGAUGUAACAAGCAUUCUUUCACUGACUUAAGUUGUUCUGAUCCAGACUGAGCAGCUGUGUUUCUAGCUGUUUCUUUUCCAUGGCUCUCUGAAUCCAUCUGCCCAUCACUUCUCCUCUGCUUUGACUAGAAAACCUCCUUUGAAUCCCACAACGUCUCCCUACCGCCGCCGCUUCUUAUCGGAUCUGCGAUACCUAAAGUCUCCUCAAUAAAACACCACUUAGACAACGGGCAAAAUUCCUGGUCCAUAUCUGCCGAAAAUUCCCUGCGUAUCUCUCAGUCAAUAUUGUUCAACAGCCAACAUGGCCACAACUGAAGGCCCAGCCCAAGCACACGAUCGCCAUGGACGUCGUCGGCCUUUCUCUAGCUGGAUGAAGCGACUAGCCAACCUGAAAAGCUCGAACGACUCAGGAACUAUCCGUUGGUCCAACAAACGACAUGCCAUGCACAAGAGCAAAAGCCGAGGCGUGAAGAAUAACCCCUAUCCUUUAUCCGGGACGAAUUACACCACACACCAGUAUAGCAGCGAUCAAAUCUCUUCCGAUAUGAGUGAUGGCCACGGACCCCAAUCCCGGUCCCGUUCGCAGAGUGAACCGUCCGUCUCCUACUCCGGGUACGACAACCAGAUACUAGCCACCAGCGCCAAGUCGACGGCUCCGACGAUCUCUACAAACGGCGACACCACAAUAUCGGAAGCUGCAUACUCCAAAGCCGGGACCAUGGCGACCGUUGGUGGAGGUAUCAGCUCUCGUGGAGGCGGAGAAGGGAGCACGUUCUCGUCUCCUGCGCCCUCUGUACGGUCUCUGACCACCACGUUAACCACGGUCCAAUCAGCAGCACCAUCGAGUCAGAUCUACAACGCACACAACCACGCACAUUACGGUCACCAUCAUGGACAUUCGAUAGGCAACCCGGGUGCGCAGCAAGUACAAUUUUCGCACCAGUUUCCUCCCUCGCCCGCCACUGCGGUACCAGCCCACCUUGCCCCCCAUGGCCACUCGGUCACAUACAGCACUGCGACAGCCAACAACAUUCUCACCGAUAAUGCCUCCAUUCUAACCCUCGCCAGCUCGUCGAAACGGCGUCGACGAAAUUCGCUGGAUACCAACGCUUCUAUUCGUGCCCUUGCCCCUUCGUCGGUGUUUGGCGGGAGCCGGGAGAGUCUACCGUUAAGCGUGCUUAGUGCUACUGUGGGAGAACCCUCCAAUACGCCGGCCCUGAGCGCACAGGGUGUCCUCAACCGACCCAGCCUUGUGGGCCUCGCCAGCGUGGAACGAGUCAGCGUCUAUUCUUCAGCUGGGCCGGUUCCUGGUGGUGAGCGGGGAAGCCUCCAAGCAAACAAACAAAGCGCAGCGACAGGUGACGGUGCUAGCAUCCGGAGCGGAGUACACUCGCAUGUGCGGCAGGAUAGCAAUGCCGCGAGCAUCUCUGGUGCUGGUGGGCAAUCAAUUGGGCCUGGACGCAUCAGUCGUCGAAGCUCAGGAUGGGGGGAGAUAAUAACAGGGGAGGAAAGUGAUGUAGAGAAGAUCGAGGACUAGGAUGGGACGACAUUAUGAACGAUAUUCGAUGACUUACUGGAUUGAACUGUAUAUUUUUCUUCUUCUGUUUCUUUUUUUUUUCCUCUUCGCUCCUUUCUUAUUCUUCAGCUACUGCAGCAGCUACGACUAAUGUGGGAAAGGGGGAACCUGGGGGGAGGUUGGAUAGAUUGGUUUCUUUACGAAGGCGUUUAAUGGGCGCGGAGUCUCUUUUAUACCUGGAUGGAGUGGGACUGGCGAUGAAGUGAUAUCCUAAUAUACAUGUUGGACUUUCUUGCUUUCCCUAGUUCCAGUUAAUUUGCUUCAAUUCUAUGCAAUGCAAGAGAUUCUUUUUUCC